AGAAGCCGCGAGGGAUGCACUGAGAGAGCUAAAUAACACUUCCUGCCAAUUCCAACAUCCUCUCCUGCUCUGCCUUUCCAAGACAAGAACUGGAGUCCAUCAGAAGUAAGGUAUCAUAUCAGGAGAAUCCCUUGGAUACAUUCGGAGACCGAUAAUGUGAGAGGAAGGAUUCGCACCUCGGAGCUGCCAUGACCAGCAUUAUAUAUUCGAAUGCAGGCGGCAUAGGAGAGAUUAUCGGACUUCGCCGAGAUGAGUUUGCAAAGGAAGUCCGCCAGGUUUGUCGAACGGAAACAGUGCGAGGAGUUGGGCGAGCAAGAAAAGUCAGAUUCAGGCAGGCUCUCUCCUUCAACCCUGGCAGUGGAGUCAAGAGUCUUCGAGCCGUAGCACCGGACAAGUUCACCACAGAACUAGAGGCUAUGAAGGCUGCAACCUCACCCGGCACUUACAAUGACAAGAUGCUAGCCAACUAUGUGCCUGUCUACGUCAUGCUUCCGUUAGAUGUGAUCACAAACAAUAAUGUCCUCAACAACCAAGCCAAGCUCGAGGGGCAGCUCCAGAAGCUUCGAGCAGCAGGUGUGGAUGGGGUGAUGGUGGACGUAUGGUGGGGGAUCGUGGAGUCUGCUGGGCCCCAGAAAUACGAUUGGAGUGCUUACAGGAGCUUGUUCCAGUUGGUCCAGAAGUGCGGCCUGAAGAUACAGGCUAUUAUGUCUUUCCAUCAAUGCGGCGGGAAUGUCGGGGAUGCCGUGAACAUCCCACUUCCUCAGUGGAUCCUCCAGAUUGGAGAGGACGACCCCGAUAUCUUUUACACUGAUAGGGCGGGCACGAGGAAUAGGGAGUGCCUCACGAUUGGUGUGGAUAAUCAGCCUUUGUUUAAGGGCCGAACUGCAGUAAAGAUGUAUGCAGAUUAUAUGAAUAGCUUCAGAGAGAACAUGUCCGACUUUCUAGCAGCAGGACUCAUAGUGGACAUCGAAGUAGGACUUGGCCCUGCAGGAGAGCUGAGGUACCCGUCUUACCCGGCAAACCAAGGAUGGGUUUUCCCCGGAAUCGGGGAAUUUCAGUGCUAUGACAAAUAUCUCAAAGCUGAUUUCAAAGAGGCCGCAACAAAAGCCAGCCACCCUGAAUGGGAGCUGCCUGACCAUGCUGGAGAUUACAACGGUACCCCUGAGUCGACGAAAUUUUUCAUGCCAAAUGGUACUUACCUUAGUAAGAAGGGCAAGUUCUUCCUGACUUGGUACUCGAACAAGCUGCUUAGCCAUGGUGAUCAGAUUCUCGACGAAGCCAAUCGGAUUUUCCUUGGCUGCAGAGUCAGGUUAGCUGCUAAGGUUGCGGGCAUUCACUGGUGGUGUAAGGACGACAGUCAUGCGGCGGAGCUUACUUCAGGAUUCUACAACCUAGGAGAUCGAGAUGGUUACAGACCGAUCGCUAGGAUGUUAUCGAGGCAUUAUGCUAUAUUCAAUUUCACGUGCCUCGAGAUGAGAGACUCCGAGCAAAGUGCUGCAGCAAAAAGUGGACCGCAAGAGCUUGUGCAGCAGGUUUUGAGUGGAGGGUGGAGAGAGAAUAUCGAGGUGGCGGGAGAGAAUGCGUUACCAAGAUACGAUCGGACAGCUUACAAUCAAAUCCUUCUAAACGCCAGGCCUAAUGGGGUCAACAAAAACGGACAACCUAAGCUCAAAAUGUACGGAGCCACAUACCUCCGGUUAUCGGACGAUCUAAUGGAUACCGAGAAUUUCAGAAUAUUCAAAACAUUUGUGAAGAAGAUGCACGCUGAUCAGGACUACUGUUCGGAUCCGAGAAAGUACGGGCAGGAAAUAGGCCCGUUGGAGAGGUCAAAGCCACAGAUUCCGAUUGAGGAGCUCAUGGAAGCGACUAAACCGAUGAAGCCGUUCCCAUGGGAUGAAAAGACUGAUAUGAGCAUCGGCGGUGCACUUGCUAAUUUCUUAGACAAAUUGAUAGCACAGAUUACUUCUGUUUUCAAGUAAGAAGAAGGACAGCUCCAAAAUAUUGCAAUUCUUAGCUUCUGCCAUGAACCGAAGAAGAUCAUAUUCAUAGAUCUCCCUCCUUUGAAUA